UGUCCAAAAGGACGGAGAAGGACGACGACGGCGGUGAGGACGACAAAGAAGGUGGAAAUGAGAAAGCCCGCCAAAAACUCCAGUGGAAGCGACAACUUCUAGUUUUCGGGGGCGUAUUGCUCGAGUGAGUAAGUCAAACUUUGUUCAAACAAGUCUCCAGGGCACCUGCCACCCACCCACUCACCCACUCACCCAUUCAACCACCCAACCGAGCUUCUUCCGUCGACUUUAGUGUUGGUACCAACAACACAAAGAAAAGCCUACUUCCGCUCCUCUUCUUCUGCUCUUCUUCCUCUUCCUCCUCCCCUUCUUCUCCUCCUUCUCCUCUUUUUCCUUGCUCCUGGUCUGAAAUAAAGUGAAACUUUGUUCCCUGUGGAAAAAGGGUUCCAAUUCUAGCACCCAGUAACAGCCUGAAGUUCUUGGGUAAACAGGGAAGUAAAAAUUGCACCUCCCUGUUUUGUUCCACCCGACGACCUCCCUGCGUUCCUCUUUGAAGUCCUCUUGCCGUUCACUUUUGUUGCCGUGUCCCUCCGUCUUUCGAUCAUGGAGGAGGAUAACCGGGCCAGUGAGUUCAUGAUCAAGAACUUGAAAUUGGCAGGAGGCCUCCGAGGAUGGGAUCGCGGCACGAAACGCUUGUGGCCAACCCUGACUCGACAGACUCUAGAUGAGGCAUGGGGAUUUUCCUUAAUCUCGGGAUGUGACAUCGGAGAAGGAACGGCCCAUUGGUCGGGCAUUGUGGCCCACAGGAACGACAAGGGACGUUGGCUUAAGAUCAACUCAGUCAAAUCUCACGGUCCGGCAGAUUUGGCAGGCAUUCAAAAGAACGACUUCGUUACUCGAAUCAAUGGCCAAAUUGUGUUCCAUUUGUCGCUGAAGGACGUGGAAAGGAUCAUUCGGAACUCGGGAUGCUCUCUUCUGCUGGACAUCGAGAGGGAUGGACCCCGAAGUAUGAUGUUCGAUGGGGGGGUUCACGGACAAGCCUUAAAUUUCCUGUUUGAGGACUACAAACCCACCGUGUCCCUCAUGAGCCAUCAGUAUAAACCCAUCUAUGCCCGCUUGAAAUAGGGGAAAUUUGUCAAAGGAAGAAAUGAAACGAACACCCGUCCCCGGCUUCGUGUUCACUCAGUUAUGACCUGCUAUGAAGGAACUCUUGGUGCUUCCACGUCAACAUUGAGGCAAAGAGGAAGGAGGUGCCAAUAAAACCUGUUUUUCCCUCGGAUAAUGCUUUGGCAAAAACAAUUUUCAACAUUGAGAUUAUGGCCCUCAAUCAUUUGAAGGUAGCAAUAAAAGCCCAGGUGAACUGUCA